AUGGGAUGCACAGGUUCUAUAGGUAAAGUUAAGAUUAUCAGAAAUAAAUCUGAUAAAUUAACAGAAAAAAACAAGAAAACAGAAAACCUUAUCCAAAUUCUAGGAAAUUGUGAAAAGGCAACAGAAUUUAUUAAGGUCGAAAAGAAUUUAUUCAAAAUCAGUGAAGUCGAUCCAGAUUUAGAAGAAUCAGGAAUGAUAAGUAUUUCUUAUCAUAAAAUAUCGACAAAUUGCUUAAGCACCGAAAAAAUUAAACGAACUCUUUAUAUAAAGGCUAGCAGCCAGCUUUUCAAUAGGAAUCAAAAAGUAAUGAGUCUAUUAAAAAGAUCAUACCAAUAA